AUGGGGAGUUGCCCCAAUAAUAGUUCAAAUAAUGAAGCUUCUACGGAGCCCAUCGACGUAAAUAUUAAUGCCAUGUGUGACACCGUGGCAAAAAGAUAUUGCGAGGUUCCUUUGAGAGUUUUGUGCGGAGAACAAUGUUUGGAUAUACGAGGUCAGGUAGAUACCGAGAGGGAAGCCGAAAUUAAGAACUUCUUCGACCUUCUUGAAGAAACCCGAAAAAACAACGCAUAUGUUGUUUACGGCCUAAAAAUAAAAGACCUUGUUGAAAAGAGGG